AUGAAAUCGGCCGAUUCAUCUCAAGGCACUCAGUGCAAGCUUGGAACAAAAUCCAAGACGAUCUGUGCUACGGAAUUCUCUCAUCGACGAGCCGGCGUAUGGAGGUUCAAGCCUUACCAAACGGUGGAGCUUUACUUACGUCCCAUCAUCACCGUUAGGGGGAAGGUUGGUAGACUUCUAAUACAUGAGACCUUUAUCGUGUGGGAGGAGAAAGGCGCAUUGUAUGAGACAACGCUACAUCAAGCUGCGCUCUUGCCAACUUAUAACAAAGAUCCCUUCUCAGAGGGGUGCUCUAUUUCUGAUAGCUUUAACGGCGCCUGCCUGUCCAUCUUCAGCUUCAUAUUCCAAUGCUAUGAAAACCUCAUACGGCGUGUUGAUCGACACCUUGAUCUUGAGGAAUUACGCCAAGAUUCAGACCCUCAAGCCUCUGAACUCGUACUCAUAGCAAGGUUCCGUAUGAGGACUCGGGACGAGGAGCUGCGUUACAUUGCUCUGCUCUGUCUGCAGGGUUACGUUUGCCUCACCGUUGCAGAACGGUAUUCUGAUGCUGAACUCCGCCAGUUCGUUCUCAAGAGCUUUACGUGGUUUUGCAGAGAUGGCACGAAUCAUAUUCCAGACACUUGUGCCUGGGAUAUUUUCCCUCCGGCGAUACAGCCUAUGAACCAUGGAGCCGAGGACGAUUCUUCUGGGACCAAGCGCGUAUGGUGA